CGGAAAAAUACCCAUCUAACGAUGCAGUGUGAAGCGUUGUCAUUGAUUGUUUGCGCCUUGGCCGUCGCUAUCUUGGCGGCGAACGGCGACGACAACCUCGUCCCUCCUCGGCGGGAGGUGUACGAUAAUGGUCGAAUUUUCGACAUCAGUCACAGGUACCAACCCGAAAUGCCAGAAUGGGAUUCAAAUGAUGGCAUCGGGCAGUUCCUAUGGCUUCCAAAGAGCAUGAAGAACGGGUCCCUCGCUAACAACUCUGAAAUGAAGCUUCCAACCCACACCGGCACCCACGUUGACGCCCCCGGCCACGUCUUCGACCACUACUUCGAUGCCGGCUUCGACGUCGACUCACUCGACUUACACAUCCUUAAUGGUCCUGCUCUGUUAAUCGAUGUUCCAAGACAUAGUAAUAUAACUGCUGAAGUUAUGGAAUCGUUAAAUAUUCCAAGGGGUGUAAAACGUGUACUUUUCCGAACGUUGAAUACUGACAGGCGGCUUAUGUUUCAGAAGGAAUGGGUUACAAGCUAUGUAGGAUUCACGGUGGAUGGAGCUAAAUGGCUAGUGGAGAACACUGAUAUUAAACUUGUAGGAAUUGAUUACCUAUCUGUUGCUGCUUACGAUUACUUGAUUCCAUCUCACCUUGUUUUUUUAAAAGACAGGGAAAUCGUUCUCGUGGAAGGCCUGAAACUUGAUGAUGUCCCAGCAGGAUUAUAUUCAGUCCAUUGCUUACCUCUUAGGUUGUCUGGUGCUGAGGGAUCACCAAUACGAUGCAUUCUGAUUAAAAAUUAGUGCAAGUGAGCUUGAGGUGGCCGACCUUCUGUUUCUUGUUGCAUCCUUUUUCGCCAAACCCCAGAUUUUGUAGUUUCUGGGGUGAAUUAUAUAAAAAGAAGUGAAUUCUUCUAUUCAGUCAAUAGCUAACACAGCAUCUUGAAAUCGCUGGAGGUAACAGUACUGUCUCGAAUGCUGUACUAAAUACAUAUCAUCAGGGGUUUAUGUAUGUAAGAGGGUUGCAGCAAUCUUAGCAUUACGCCGAAUAUGGUUUUCUUUUGUAUGCUAGGUUGGACGCGAAUAAAUUGGCAGUGUUCUUAUGAAGCAAGAUAGUAUCAAAUUGGCAGUGGUUUAUGCUUACCCUCCUUAGAAACAUGCAUAAACACCUGAACUCUUGUCAUUUUGAAAAAGAAAAAAAAAAAAAAUUGUACGUAGAUAACUUGCACCUAGUAUAAGCACUUCAAACUUGGUCCUCGUUUAUCUUCUUGAUUGUAACUGAAUAAAUUGUACAAGUGGCAUGCAGCAUGCUUAUAGAGCAAGAUAGUAUCAAUAUUGU